AAUACUUAACUAGGAUUCUUGCUUGCUUCACAUUUCAUCAAACACAAAUUAAUAUUUUUAUAUCAUGUUCAGUUCUCCCGAACUUAUAUCCAAAACCGUCAUCUAUAGAAACAAAAAGUCCACCCAGUUGGAAUUGGUUGACAAAACUAUUCAUUUAUCCAGAAAAACCGAUGGCUCUUACGGAGCAAGCGAUGAGGACAUUUUGGUCAAAAUCUCCCAUGCCGCCUUCAACCCAAUCGACAUCGAAUUGAAGAACUUGGUUCUUCCAAUUUUCAACUACUGGUGGCCAAACUUUGGUCUCUGUAAUGACUACUCGGGUGUGAUUGUCGAUAUUGGUCCCAAGGCUUCCCAGAAGUACGGGUUUAAGAUCGGUGAUUUUGUGUGUGGGCAAACUAGGAGUGGAGAAUAUACCAAGACUUUAACUGAGUACGUCAAUUUUGAAGGAAAACUCCCUGGCCAAUGGUCGAUGGUCAAGAUACCAUCUAAUUUGAGUUUGGCUGAAGCUACCUUUGCAUUGGUUUAUUCUACUGCUUGUGGAAUGAAAAACGCUGUUAAGUUCCCACAAAACGCUAAGGUAUUAGUCAAUGGGGCCUCUACUAGUGUGGGUAAGUACCUUGUUAGUCUCUUGAAAGAUGACCCUAAGAUCAAGGAAAUUGUUGGUAUUUGCUCUUCUAAAUCGGAACCUGUUGUCAAAAGCUUAGGUGUGGAUAGGAUCAUCGACUACAAAACCACCAAUAAUAUUGUUAACUCGGUGUUAGAAGAGUCCAGAGACAGAAAGUUUGAUGUGUUCCUUGACUGUACUGGAAGUGAUCUCCUAUUGGCCAAUUUGUCCUCUUUUAUUGUUAAAGGAGGAUACUCUGCGCACAUAUCUGGAGGUAAGAAGGUUGAUUUGAAAACCGAUAGCGUGCUUUCUUUGGUAACCUUUGGCAUCAUCAAGAAUGUUAUUCUUUCCAAGUUGGGCCUCCUUCCCGUCAGGGUGACUCCUGUUUUGGUUGAACCUCGUGAUGGGUUUGAGGAUGUUACUAGGUUGUUUGAAGAAGGUAAAAUCAAGACAUUUGUUGACUCGGUGUUCAGCUUUGAACAGUAUCAGGAGGCAUAUGAUCUUGUGGUGAGCGGAAAUACGAACGGUAAGGUUGUGGUGAAGGUUAAUGAUAUCUAAUGUACUACUCUGGUGUCUAAAGAGGUUGUCUCAAUGGUUUGAUUAUUUCGAUAGUGUUUAGUUUAAUUUGUAAGUAAACGGAAUUCCAGUAAUGUCUGC